AUGACUGACAGUGGAAGUGUGUUGGAAUCUUUUGUGUGGAAGAAUUUUGUAGAAGAUGGGCAGGACGUUGUGUUGAAGGCGUGUGGAUCGGGUGUGAGGGAGCAAAGCUUCCUGACCGCGCCGGCGGCCGUGCGGGACUGGCGGCAGUGCGUGGCGGCCUGCUGCUCGGAGCCGCGCUGCUCCGUGGCCGUGGUGGAGCUGCCCCGGCGGCCCGCGCCCCCCGCCGCCGCGCUCGGCUGCUACCUCUUCAACUGCACCGCCCGCGGCCGCAGCGUUUGCAAGUUCGCGCUGCACCGCGGCUACAGCAGCUACAGCCUGAGCCGCGCCCUGCAGGGCGCGCAGGAAGACCCGGACGCCUCGCCUCCCAUGGAAAAGGAUGAGCCUCCACUCAGCAAGGCUGGACGGGAUGUGGUUUUGCACCUGCCUACAGAUGGAGUGGUUUUGGACGGCCGUGAGAGCACAGACGACCAUGCCAUAGUCCAGUAUGAGUGGACAAUGUUGCUGGGUGACCCAUCAGUGGACAUGAAGGUACCUCAGUCAGGAACCCUGAAGCUGUCCCAUUUACGGGAAGGAACAUAUACCUUUCAGCUCACUGUGAUGGACACUGCUGGACAGAGAAGCUCUGACAACGUCUCAGUGACAGUGCUGCCCAUGACCUUCUCCACAGGAGGAUGCUCGAACGUUUGCUCACGCUAUCACUUCUCUUGUGAUGACGGCUGCUGCAUUGACAUCAUGCUGGCUUGCGAUGGAGUGGAGCAGUGUCCUGAUGGGUCCGAUGAGGCUUUCUGUCAUAACUUGAGCCUUGACCGGAAGACGGUGACCCACACAGCAACUGCCCAGCCUAGAAUCACAGGACCAAUCAAAGAUGUAGCAGGAGGCUCCUUCUUGGAAAAGUCCCAGAAAGUGACUGUCCCAAACCAGCCACUGGUGGUAUCAAACACAGAGAAGAGGAAUCAUUCCACUUUUUGGGGACCAGAGAGUCAGACUGAUCCUGUGAUGCCAGAUAGUGGUUCCUCAGGGAAGAACAGAAAAGAAAAACAUUAUAUUUUUGAAUCAAAGAGCGAUCGAGGAGGAGGGGAACACCCAGCCCCAGAAACAGGUGCAGUGCUACCCUUGGCCCUGGGUUUGGCCAUCACGGCUCUGCUGCUUCUCAUGGUCGCUUGCCGACUACGCCUGGUGAAACAGAAACUUAAAAAAGCUCGUCCCAUUACGUCUGAGGAAUCUGACUACCUCAUAAAUGGGAUGUAUCUAUAA